GAACACAGUUUUAAAACAUAUUUUUACAAUUCUCACUUUUCAUGAACUCUUCCAAAAUGUUGAAACCCAUGAUAAAGAUAGAGGGUGGGAAAAUAAAGGAAAAUUGAUAGCCAUAACUUUUGAAGAAAUUUGGGUGUUUAAAAAUGAUUUUCUUUUUACACAACUUGUGAAAUUUAGGAUUCAUCACCAGAUGCAAGAAAUCCAAUUACGGGAAUAUUUCUUAUUUCACCCAACAAUGAACAUUCAAAUAAAUGACAAUACACUAAAAGAGAAUCAAUUGGAUGACAUGCCAAAGUUUUAUUUUGGAAAUGGUAAACCAAGUGAAAAUAAAACAUCUUUUUUAGGACGGCUUCAUGAUCGCUACUUCAAUGGAACAUUUUAUCAUGGCCGACAAAUUUCUUUCUUCAAUUGUAUUCAUGAUAAAAACUUAAGAAAACAGAGAUCAACACAAUUAAAAUAUAUCUGCCUAGUAAUUCAAGAUGAAGAUGUUGAAGAAAAGAUUAAAAUGUUACAAUCACAGUCAAAUGAUUGUGGAUCUCAAAACCCUAUACACGUUCACAUGCAAAAUAAGGCUACCAUCUUGAAUAGGCAGUUUAUUCACAAGAGCCAAGAAAGGCGCAAAAAGCGUAGCGUCAACUCAAUAACUUGCGUUUUACACUUAAUGGCCGAUCACACUUUUUAUAAACAUAUUGGAGGAGAAAAUAUCGCUGUCACGGUCAGUGAAAUGGUUGCCAGUGUGAUGGAAGCUGAUGUCAUAUUUCGUGGAACAGAUUUUAGUGGGAAUGGUCAAGGGGAUAACAUUGGUUUUGUUGUCGGCAAUAUCACAAUCUAUUCAAGUGAAAGUGACCCCGGGAAUAAAUUUUCUGACUCGAUCAAUGUAUACGAAUACUUGGAUCUAAUGACAGAAUACGACCUGAGUCAAUACUGUUUGGGUAUUGGGUUCACAUGUAGGGAGUUUAGCAAGGGAGUUGUUGGACUGGCAUGGGUGGCAAGCUCAAGUAGAUAUGGUCCUGUUGGUGGGAUAUGUCAAGGAAAAGUCAAGAUAUCACAAAAUAAAUAUAGAAGUUAUAACACUGCUUUGGUUACAUAUUUAAAUUAUGGAUCAGUGAUUCCAUCUCAAAAAUCUGCUCUUACUCUAACACAUGAACUGGGUCAUAGUUUUGGCAGUUCCCAUGAUCCAUCUAGUAAUCCAACUUGCUCUCCUGGUGGUCUGUAUGGAAGUUAUAUCAUGGAUCCCUACACUAACUCUGGUGAAAAACCCAAUCAUAGAAAAUUUUCAUUAUGUAGUGUUAACAGUAUAUACCCAGUUGUUGUAAGAAAAGGUUACUGUCUAAAGACGUAUUCUGGACCAAUCUGUGGAAAUAGUGUGAUGGAAGGAAAUGAAGAGUGUGAUUGUGGAACAGCAGGAACAUGUUCUUACAACGAUGAUUGUUGCACUCCAGUCGACCCUCCUAUUGGUAGUACAGACAAGGCUUGUACAAUCCGACGAUCAGAAGGUAAAGUUUGCUCACCAGUAUCAUCGCCUUGCUGUGACAAAUCCUGUCAAUUAAUUCAGCAAGCUAAACAUCAAGUGUGUAAACUCCCAACAGAAUGUUCCAUGGCUUCGUAUUGCAAUGGCACAUUCUCAAACUGUCCUUCUCCCGAGUUUAUGCCAGAUGGUUUGUUAUGUAAUGGAGGACGUAAAACCUGUCUCAAAGGACAGUGUUCAUCAAGUAUUUGUAAAAAGAAAGGUUUAAUUGAAUGCCAGUGCAUCAACAAUGAUGAACAUCUUUGUCAGGUUUGUUGUAAAAAUGAUAAUAUCACCAAUUGCGAAUGUCUUCCUGCUUCUCAAUAUGGUUUAACUCAAGUGAAUGGCGAUAUACUUACCAAAAAAAGAGGUGAACCGUGUAAUAAUUUUAACGGGUUUUGUGACAAUAACGUCUGUGUAUCUGAUGAAGAAGACAGCAUUCAUUCUAGAAUGAAACUAAUAUUCAGUGAUCAGAACAUAAAGGAUAUUUGGUACUGGUUUGAGAAUUUUUGGUAUUAUAUACUAAUGGUGUUUUUUUUAUUAAUAUUAACUGGGGGAAUAUAUCGAGCAACUUAUCAGAAGAUACGACAUAUUGACAUCGAUACGGAGGCUUGUCGUUAUGGCAAACUAUUAUCAAUAUGCCAAGGCGCAGAUACCCAUGUUCAAUAUUUCAAGGAACAGAUUCAAAUCCUAUCUCAACAAUUUAAUGACAAAAUUUUGGAGGUCGAAUUAAACAAAGAGACGAUUAGUCCAGUGAUUGCUAUCUCCCGUUUACAAUUAUUAUUUCCAGAUGUCAAUAUCAGUGAAUUAUUUCAGGUUGUGAAUUCCAGCUCCUCGGAAGAGUUUGCUGUUAAAAUGCUUCUCAUAAAAGGCUAUUCCAUGAAAAAAUACAGCAUCAAGAAAAAUGAUGACAUCUCAUCUAAACUAAAUUUAUCCAGACAAAUUGAUAGUCAAACAGCCACUAAAAGUUCUGAUCAUUUGUUUAACAAUGAUGUAACACUUGUAGACAUUUAA